AUGCCGUCUGUCUUGAAGGUUUUCCACUUCUCCUGUGGUGCCCUGCUCAAUGCGAUUGGUGUGUGCAUUUUGGGAUAUGGAAUGUCAACGUACUGGGUCCAGUCCGAGAUGCAGUGCUCUACCUUUUCCACUGAAAACUUCAAUGGAUCGGCAACAGUGAAACUCGGCCUGUUUAACGGAAGCAUGGACAGGAGAUCUUGUCCUGGGUUCGACACUAGAGAAUCUGUUUCUGUGCUUAAGGCCCUGACGGAAAUAGGGGCAUCUCAGAUCGCACUACAUGCACUUGCAGUUGGCCUCCUCAUCCUGGCUUUGGUUUGCUCAGCGGGAAGUAUCCUGGUCACCCUGUACAACAGUAUCAGUAAUCCCUAUGAGACUUACCUGGGCCCCUUGGCGGUUUAUGCCUGCAGUGGACUGAGUGCCUGUCUCUCACUUCUUGCUAUAGUCCUGUUUGUGUCAAACGUUUAUGUGGGGGGUGUGGCCUCAAAGCUGGUUAAGGACGUUCCAGUAGACUUGUAUGUGAGAAAUGAAAACAUACAUCUGCAAGUGGGUUACUACCUGGUACUCCCAUAUAUAGUUGUCAAUCUACUGGCCAUCCUGGUGAUCUUUCUAUAUGUCCACGCAGCCUACACUCAUCGUAGAGAGAUGGAGAAACCCACGGAGGAUGCCCCCAAAGAGAUUAUGAUGUACUAA